AUGGCUUCCAAUUCCCAGUAUUUUCUUCGGUCCGAUGUUAAAAAAUGGCCGUGGAUCACCAUGUUCAUUCGGCGGGAGGGUAAUCGUCGAUGUUGUCAAGCCAUAGUCUAUAUUUGUAGAGAAUGUAACAAGAGAGCCGAUGUGCGUUAUGUCUCCUGGUGUGAUGUGCAUCGAGUUACCAAUGGUAAUUGUGGAAAGCAUCACACUAAAUAUUUUCGCGAGCGCGUGGCGGGAGAAAUGUGUUAUGGUUGUUUGAUCAUAAGUAGGAAAUUCUUAAAACAUCCUCCCAAGUUUCGUAAGAAGCACCGUAAGCAGAGAAAACAGAAGAAAAGUAGAGCACUUGCUCCUUUCGAUCGCGACAAGAAGAAGCGUCGAAAAUACAAGGGACCAAAAGAAAUGGGCGAAAAGAGAAAGAAAUCAUCGGUGAACUGGCCUGUUUUGUUCCAAGCUUUAAUUUCGUGCAUCUUGCGUUAA